ACUGCAGGCCCCAUUUCAAAUUUCCUGGAUAGAGAGCGUUUCAUGGAAGGGUAUUGUUGGAAAGUGAAAUUUUAGGUCCCCGGUUGUAAUUGUGGCUUUGAUCGGGCCUAUUCUUUAUUACGGCCCACUAAUACCCUUGCUGUUACCCCUUCAAUCCGCCGCGACGAACAAAGGUGCCGGAGUCAGCGAUUCUUUCCUCCUACGCUUCACCUACACCCUUCCUCUGCUACCAAUGUCGAUAUCUGGGUGUUCCUCAGUUCCUCCUCACCGCCUCUACCUACCUUCCCAUCACUGCUUCGUCCUCACCUCCUCUCCUGUAUCCUAUAGGCUUUCAAUUUGGCGGUCUCCAGUCUUCCUGUUUGCGACACUCUUAAAAAAUUCUUCCCAGGCUGUGGUUCCCAAAACCAUCUACGGUUGGUUUAACCCCUUUCAGGUACAGUUUAUUUCUUCUCACUUCUGAUUUCCCAGGUACUUGAUGUUAUUCUGCAUUCCAACUCUGAAAUACACCAUCAAAUGUGUAGGGAUAGCCUUUAUGUUUAAUUGACGUUUUGAUUCCACAUGCAGCCAUCGAGUCUUCUUUAAUGUCAUUCACUUUCUUCAUUGCUAUCUCAUUGUUUCUCUACAAUAGCAUGAACUAAGUUAAUUUAGCUCAUUCUAGCUUCAAUAUGAGAAAGCUUUGACCCUAAUUCAGUAUGUAAAUAAGGAAGCAGUAAGGGAGGAUAAAGUUUGAAGACGACUGCUAGCUUCAACAAGUGGGAUGAAUCUCCAAGCCAGACUCCAUUCAAUCACGAUUUCAGAAGCUGAGUGGACUUUUAGAGGUCUAUAAGUAAUGAAUUAUCUCAAGCAGGCCUCCAAAAGAGACUAAGGAACAACGAAUUGGCAUUCUCCGGCACUGGACAUUUUUUUGUGGCCAUCUAAUGCUUGACUCAGGGCUACCUUGACGGUGAUGGUUAUGAUGGCUGUGAAACUAACCACCCGGUGAGCUCUCUUCCUAGGUUAGUUCACACACUACCCUUAGAAGUUUGAAACAACUAUUUUCAGCAGUGGUGAUCUUCAUACUAACUGAUAUUAGAACACACAAAGUUAUGUACUUAUGAAUGUGAAAGUUGGCUACCGACUGGGAUUACUUUACUAGGUCUGUAUUUUGUAGAUUGCUUAGCUUGGGUUCUGUGGAUCCUGCUCUUUCCUUAUAUGAAUCAUUUUUCUCUGCUUGGAUGAGUUGUUCUUUUGGAUGUGAGUUCUGGCAAUUGGGAGGAAUCUACAAAGGGUGAUAAAUUUUGUGGUCGUUUGUUAUCUUAUCUAGGUUUUAUGCCUCCUUAGUUUCAUUUAAGAGGCAUCCCUAUUUCUGUCAAGUGUUUGCUUUAUGAUUACAAUGUGAAACAUCAAACUACUUUGACAUGAAAUAGUUGAUUCGGAUGUAUCUAUAGCUUAAAGCUACCAAAUUAAACCUCUUAAAAUAUUUAUGCUAGCACUUUCUGCAACUUUCCGUAUUCACUUUCUGCACUUAUGAAAUAUUUGAAUAGUUCCCGUGAAGCCCUCUAUCCAACCUACAUGUGGUCUAUUAGUUGAUUCAUGGGGGAAAAUAGACAAAAUCGCAUAUUGAUUGUAAUCACAGCUAUAAUAUGCGAUCUCUCUAGAUUCAGGAUUGGAACUACAUAAAAGUAUGUUUGCCAAGUCUGCUCUUUAUGUAUCUUCCAACUGUUUCUGGCUUCAGCUAUUUGUGACUUUCAUGUGGUUCUAUUGACAUUCAAGAGUCAUAUAUUGCUGUCUGCAGGUUGGUUCUGAAGCUUAAGUUAUCUUUCUGUGAUUUUGGCGAAUGGUUUAUGUGAAACCCCAGAAGGUUAGUGCAUGAAUACACGGUUCCAUGUUUAUUUUAAGUGAUGUCUCUCUGCACUAAUAUUCCGUUUGUGUAACGUCGAUCUGGAAUUCUCUUCUGAAACCCGAAAGGGACUAUUUCAAUAAAUCUGAUUAUUGAAAGAUAAGUAAUUGAUUUCGUUUGUUUGUUGUUAGUAGAGGCAGGUGUGUAAAUUUGUAAGCUGAAUGGUUGUUUCUUGUCCUCCAUUGAUGUAGAUAUAUACACCCAACUAUAUUUUCUUUCAUUAUGGAUACAAUUACAUUUGAGUGUGGCGCUUGAUUCCCCUGUAUUAUGAUAUAUUUUUUUUCCAUAUAGAAAACCCAGUUUAUGCAAAAUCACACAUUGUUGCUUUUUGGUUCAUUAGGUCGUGAGUUGAUGUUCUGAUUUAAUGAUCAAACCACUUGAAAGCAUACACUGCUACUGAAAGGUCAGCCUGCCUGUUUCCUUCUUCAGAAUGUCCAAAACCUAAAUAUGUUUCCUUGUCACGUUUGUCUCCCCUUACUGUGUUUAGUUCCUCCAUCUGAAUUUGUGCAACUAUGAUUGGCAGAGGUAGUUCUAAAUGGAUUAAACCGGAUAAUGGGAAGGAGGCUACAGGCUGUGUGAUUGAGAACUUCUACUUACAGGUACUCAUUUCUACUCUUACUUACUUUGAUUGCAUCAUUCCAUGAUUAAUCAAAGCAGGGUUGUGAUUUGGUUUAUUAACCAUUUUAAUAAUGACCCAGUUCAUUGCUUAUUUAGAAUGAAAUUUACAAAGCUUAGCAAAGAAAGUUGUGAUAUAGGAAUUGAAGCAGAGAAGUUUAGUGCCAAGCACAUCAAUGGAACAAUGGAAGAGCCAGAGUAGGGAAACAUGAUCUCCAAACUUUAAUAAUGUCGAGUUCAGAGGAAAUGAAUUUGUGGGGAUGAUUUCCCCUCCUGAAGAGUCCAAUUUCCUUGCAAAUAAUCAUCUUAAAAGGCGCUACAUCACCCAAAAUUCCAGGUCAUGUAAUUUUAGCAUAGUUGUUUACUUUUCUUCGAGUGAGUUGGGAGUUGCAGGUUCUGAAGUUUGUUUUGGAUUUUGAUUGAGGUUAGAAUGAUGAUUUGAGGCUAUAUUGCUUUGUCCCAAUGAAGUCAUGGAGCACAGUCAAGGUGAAAAGUCCGGAGUAACUAAGAACUGGUAUGUCGUACUGUUGUUUCUUUAAAGAAUGUGCCUUGCACAAUUAAUUUGAGAAGUAGGGAGGGUUAGCGGAAAAGUGAGAGAUAACUAAUUCUAGUUUCCUGUCUGUUUAACUAGAUGUAACCUGACAUGCACAGAUCCUCACCAAAUCGUUAAUCUUGAUUAGUGUAUAAUCAUUGAUACCCCAUGCUCCCCUAAUGUAGUUUCCUUUGUGUUUUAUAAUGGCAAGUCUAGGAAAGAUAUCUGUGUAAGUGUUAUGUACCUUAUUUGGCAUCUCGUUGUGCUCCAUCCAUCUAAGUGAUAAAUUUGAGUUGUAGUAUUUAGCACUUAGAAAUUGGUGUUUCAAGCAUGUAUAUACUAAGCCUUUUCUUAAUGGAAUCAUAUGGAAAAGCCUUCUGUCAUAAAUUUUCACUAUCCAAACUUCCAAAGCCUUCCAUCCAUCAUUUAUAUAACUAAAUAAAUUUCAUUUUAAUGUUUUUAUUGCAAAUUAUUUUGUUAUUAUGCUGAACAUAAUUAAUUAAUUAUAAUAUUGAGAUUUUCUCUUAUACUUUUCAAGGGGGGGGGGGGGGGGGGGGGGGUUGCAGCGACCUCAUGAGUAUCUCCCACAUUCCUUGACUUAAUUCAAUUCUUUCAAUGUAUUUAGUCAUGUGAUCGAUCAGCUUAUUCUGGGUUUCAAUCUAGCCUUGCCAUAUGUAUAGCUAAAUUUGUAAACCACAAUAUAACAUAAAGUUCCUUCCACUUUUGAGUUUUGUCUAAAUGUUUUGUUCCUUUGUUACACCCUAUCACAUAACUGAGCACCAGCCUCGAUUCACCUACUGAUGUUGAUGUAUGUUGUUCUUAUGUUUAGCAGUAUCUAGAGGGUAUCUCCUCACAGUUCACAACAUGCUGCCAGGGAGGGUGAGCUCGCAAAGGCAGAAGCCUCAAAUGCUACUAAGAGAAUGCCCCCAAAUAAUGUGAUUUCAACUGCGGGCACUCCACAUGCAAUCUCAAAAGAAAGCAUGAACUGAUCAUGAAUAAUGAAGUUUAAUAUUUCAUGUUCCAAUUGGUGGGUAAUUUUAGUUUCUUUUCUAUAUUUUUAUUAGCAAGAAUGGUCCUACACCCACUGGAUAUAUUAGUGGUUGGUAGAAGGAUGCUUAAUUAGAUGUGUUUGGUUGUGAUUAACCUUUUUAUUAAUGGAUUUAGACUUGCAUUUUUAUUUCAGUUCUAAAUUUAUUAGGGGUGUAUAUCAGGUUCCUUUUGCAUCAUUAGAUGUGUUUCAUGUUUUAUGAUGCAUACCUGUAAUGAGAGGCUUUAUGUUGAAUGAAUUUUGGGUGUCCAU